UUAUUCGUGAGAAACGGUCAAGGAUAUUUCGUGUUAUUUUUUAGAAAUUAAUUUUUUUUCUCUUCAAGCUCUGCACUGACAAGUCGCUUUUUCCCAUCACGUGCCGCAGACGCUAGUGUGUUUUGAGUGAAUUAUUGCACGUUUUGGUCGGAUUCUAGAUCUAGAUGAUUUCUUGGAAGAAACUUUUUGGAAAAUCUACUGCAAUAACGGAAUCAUCCUGUUACCUCCUUUAUAUACUAUUUUUUACAACUACUACAACUCAACCUAGAAUCUGAGGAAUGAUAGUAUCGUAUUGAUUGACUCUCCAAGGAGUGGAGCUAGAAAUCGGCUCUACAAUGGACAACGACGGCACACCGAAUGAGAAGCACCAGCCAAAAUCACGAUGGCGACCAUAUCAGAAUGUCCAAACCUGGACACGCACCCAAGUUUUGAAAGAACAUAAUUAUUGCAACACUCGUCAGAUUUUCAUUCAGUUAGCGAAUCGAUCGGUUCUAAGACCGGUUACGAGACAAGAUCUGAGACCAGUUAUGAGACCAGAUCUGAGACCAGCUCUAGGACCAGCUCUGAGACCAGUCCUGGGAUCAAAUCCGAGACCAGUUCUGAGAUCAAUUCAACCAAAAGCUCAGAGACCACCAAUAGCUCUGAGACCAAUAGCUCCGAAACCAGUAGCUCCGAGACCAAUAGCUCCGGGACCAAUAGCUCUGAUACCAAUAGCUGCAAAACCAGUUGUUCAGAGUCCAAUUUGGAGUGUUGAAGCAAUGAACGCCCACCAAAGGCCAAGAGGUUCAUUUAAAAAACUUGUAGUUCCAAACCUUAAGAAGGAUCGAAGAGAUUCUUCCAAGGAAAAUAAUGAAACAUCAGAAGGAGACUUAGCUUCAUCUAGAGCGCCUUUAAGCCUACAUCCUAGAAUUAACGUGCUACAACAUCUUGUAAUCAGACCUUCGUGUUCAAAAAACCAAGUUAUUUCACUUGACCAAGGAAACGUUGCACAACAAAUCGAAGAGGAGGAUAAAGCUCUGGAAGAAAUAAUAAAUUUUCCUCACCAUGAAGAUAUAUAUGGCACUCUUAGCCCAGUGUCCAAAUCAUUAGUAGAUAAUAUACUUCAAAAUUCAGAUACGGACUCAGGAUCUGAUUCUCUUAUUGCCGAAUUUCCAGAAGCUAUAAUUCACCAAGACCCUGAUGAUGUUGUAAGAGCACAUGAAGAGUUUGUGGAUGACUUAAAAGUCAAACUCCGAAAUAAAGCUGUGAGAAAAACAAUAACUUUUUCUAAAAAUGAAGAUGUAUAUCGCUUCUUUGGUCCAGUGUUCAGAAGAUUACCAGAUAAAAAUUCUGAUAUGGACACAAAAUCUGAUUAUUCAGCUAUUACCGAAACUCCAGCCCAUGUAAUUAACCAACACCCUGAUGGUGUGAGAGCAAAUGAAGUGUUUGUGGAUGACUCAAAAGUCAAACUUCCAAAUAAAGCUGUUGAAAAAACAAUAACUUCUCCUAAAAAUGAAGAUGAAUAUCGGUCUCUUGGCACACUACCCCCAGAUAAAAUAUUUGAGAAUUCAGAUACAGCCUCAGGAUCUGAUUCUUUAGUUAUUAUCGAAACUCCAGAAUAUGUAAUUAGCCAACACCCUGAUGGUGUGACACCAAAUGAAGAGUUUGUAAAUGACUCAAAAGUUAAACUUCCAGAUAAAGUUGUGGAAAAAACAAUUACUUUUCCUAAAAAUGAAGAUAUAUAUCUCUCUCUUGGCCCAGUGCCCAGAAGAUUACCAGAUAAAAUAUUUGAGAGUUCAGAUUCGGACUCAAGAUCUGAUUCUUCAGUUAUUACCGAAACUCCAGAACGUGUAGUUAACCAACACCCUGAUGGUGUGAGAGCAAAGGAAGAGUUUGUGGAUGACUCAAAAGUCAAACUUCCAGAUAAAGUUGUGGAAAAAACAAUAACUUCUAAAAAUGAAGAUAAAUAUUCCCCUCUUAGCCCAGAGUCUAGAAAAUUAUCAGAUAAUAUUUUUGAGAAUAACUCAGAUAUGGACUCGGGAUCAAAUUCUGUUAUUACUGAAACUCCAGUACGUGUUAUUGACAAAGACCCUAAUUUUGUAAGACCAUAUGAAGAGUCUGUUGAUGACUCAGAAGUCAAAUUAUCAGAUAAAGCUGUGAAAAAAACAAUAACUAUUUCCAAAAAUGAAGAUAUAAAUAGCUGUCUUAGCCCAGUGUCCAGAACAUUACCAGAUAAUAUAUUUAAGAAUUCAGAUACAGGCUCAGGAUAUGAUUCUGUCAUUGACGUUAACAGAAAAACGAUGAAAGGAGAAAGCUCUUCCUGUGAAAGUGAUUCACCUCGGGAUGUAAAUAGAGAAACUUUGGAAGAUGAUAAGUUUUCGCUUGAGAGUCUUGCAAAUGCUUGUUUGGUAAAUUCCGAACGGGUAAUUUACCGAGACCCUGAUGUUGUAAGAGCAGAUGAAGAUUUUGUGGAUGAAUCAAAAGUCACCCAAGAGUCGCAACCAUCCUCAAAAAUAGUGGAUACAUUUAGGCACGUAAAAGAGAAUCUUUCUAAGGAACCAGACAUUCAAGGUCCCAAAACCCUUCAAUCUUUUAAGCCACCUGCAGAACCACCGAAACCAGUAAUCCAGAGUGAAGAAGAGGCAUCUUCAGAAUAUGAAAAAGAUACUGAGCAAGUAGAUAACAGCAGAAAAUUUUCUCAAGAUCUUAUUGAAGAGCAGAAAAUCGCCAGAGCUGAAGCUUCAGGACUUGUAAUUUACCAACACCAUAAUGCUGUAAAAGCAGAUGAGAAGUCUAUGGAUCAGUCAAAACUCACCCAAGAGUCGCAAGCAUUCUCAAAAAUGGUGAAUACAUUCAGGCAAGUGGAAGAGAACCUUUCCAAGGAAGCAGAAAUUGAAGGUCCCAAACGACUUCAAUAUUUCACGCCACCUGCAGAACUUUUGAAAGCGGAAACCCAUAGCGAAGCAGAGGAAUCUUCAGAAUACGGAGAAAAGGAGGAAGAGAAAGAGGAAGUAGAUGACAGCGGAAAAUCGCCUCAAAAUCUUAGUGAAGCGCAGAAAAUCACCACUGCUGAAACUUCAGGAGGUGUAAUUUACCGAGACCCUGAUGAUGUUCGAGCAGAUGAAGAAUAUGUGGAUAAUUCAAAAGUCACUCAAGAGUCGCACCCAUCCUCAAAAGUAGAGGAUAAAUUCAGGCAUGUGAAAGAUAAUAAUCUUUCUAAGGAAUCAGAAAUUCAUGGUCUCAAACCACUUCAAUCUUUAAAGCCACCUGCAGAAGUUCCAAAAUCGAAAAAUAGCGAAGUGGAGGCAUCUUCAGAAUAUAAAGAAGAGACCGAGGAAGUAGACAACAGCGAAAAAUUGUCACAAGCGCAGAAAAUCGCCACCACUGAAACUGCAGAACGUGAAAUUUACGAAGAUCCUGAUGUAAGAGCAGAUGAAGAGUUUCUGUCCAGUACUGAAACUUCAGAACGUGUAAUUUACCGCGACCCAGAUGUUGUAAGAGCAGAUGAAAAGUUUAUGGAUGACUUAAAAAUCACACAAGAGUCGCACCGAUCCUUAAAAAUGGUGGAGAAAUUAAAGCAAGUGGAAGAAAAUCUUCCUACGGAAUCAGAAACUCAAGCUCCCAAACCACUUCAUUCUUUGACCCCACCUGCAGAGCUUCCGAAACCGGAAACCCAGAGCGAAGUAGAGGCAUCUUCAGAAUAUGAAGAAGACGAGGAAGUAGAUAACCGCGAAAAAUUGUCUCAAGAUCUUUUUGAAGCGCUGGAAAUAUUCAUAAUUGAAACUCCAGAACGCGUAAUUCAUGAAGAUUCUGAUGUAAGAGCAGAUAAAGCCUUUGUGGAUGACGCAAAAGUCACCAAUGUGUCGCACCCAUCCUCAGAAAUGGUGAAUAAAUUCAGGCAAAUGAAAGAGAAUCUUUCUAAGGAACCAAAAAUUCAAGUUCCAAAACCACUCCAAUCUUUUACGUCACCUGCAGAACCUCCGAAACCGCAAACCCAGAGCAAAUUAAAGCCAUAUUCAGAAUGCGAAGAAGAGAAGAAAGAUACAGAGGAAGUAGAUAACAGUGGAACAUUGCUGCAGAAAGCGGCCAGAGUAAGUAGUGUACUUGAAGAAGAACCCUAUGAAAAGUUUUUCCUGGAAAAUAUAGCAGCUGUUAAUUUGGAAUUCAUGAACUGCCCUUUCAAUCCAUACGAAAUAAUAGUGCAAGUUGAAGAACUGGAAGAAAGGCAGCCUAAAAGAAAAUGUAUGGAUGUUCAGGGUCCUAAACUGAAAAAAUGCAAAGUAGGAGACUCACCUGCAGAACGUCGCAGAUCCAUUCGAAUCCUGGCAAUGAAUUUGUCAAAAUCUACCGCGGGAAAUAUUGAAGCUGUAAGGGAACCACCUGCAGUAGCUCAAUUGACUCCAGUACGUCGGAGAUCACUUCGUCCCAAGGCACAUGAGUUGUCAAAAGCUACCCCUGUACGGGAAUCACCUGCACCAGUUCAAUUGACCCCAGCACGUCGUAGAUCUCUCCGUCCCAACACAAUUGAUUUGUCAAAAGCUACCCCUGUACGGAAACCACCAGCAGCAGCUCAAUUGACCCCAGCAGAAAGGCCCAGGUCAGUUCGUUUUAAGGCAAUUGAGCUGCCAAAAGCUACCCCUGGACGGAAACCAGCAGCAGCACCUCAAUUGAACCCAGUAGAACGGCGCAGAUCAGCUCGUCUCGAGAAAAUCGAGCUGUCAAAAGCUACAGCAGGAAAUAUCAAAGCUGUAUGGGAACCACCUGCAGCAGCUCAAUUGACUCCAGUACGUCGCAAAUCACUUCAUCUCGAGGCAAUUGAAUUGUCAAAAACUACUUCUGGAAAUACUGAAGCUGUACGGGAACCACCUGCAGCAGCUCAAUCGACCCCAGUACGUCGUCGCAAAUCACUAGUUCAGUCGAACCCAGAACGUCGUAGAUCAGGUCGUAUCCAGGCAAUUGAGUUGUCAAAAGCUACCCCGGAAAAUAUUGAAGCUGCAACAUGCCUCAACAUCGAGACUAAGCCCAAAGAGAGUCGCAAACGUCGAGUAAGCCACCAGCCGCCACCCCUUGCCGCAUCAAUGAAAGAGCCCGUGGAAAAAAGACGUCGGACUUUCGCCGCUAUUCGAACUCGCUGUAGCUGGCAAGAAAGAAAUGGAACGUGCCUUGAAAACGAGAAUGUGCACAAAAAGUGUCGCAAAAGUCAAGCACUUUUUCGGCCUCUACCCCUUGGCCCGUCAUUAGAAGAAAGACGACGGACCCCUAGUCAUACUCCCUAUAUGUUGAGGAGCACCUGUCAAUCCUGUGACGGAUCUACCACUGAUGACAUGGUUAUAUUAUGUAUUAUUUUAAAUUUAAAUCCACAGUUGUUCUUAUUUUUAGGAUUAAAUAUUGUAAGUAUUAUGGUUUUCGGUUUCUCUUCGAAAGUGGGAAGUUCAAAGUCUUUUCUGAUGAGUGUGAGUACAAAAUUUUGUCUAUUGCUUGGAACUGGGAAUUAAAAUUAAUGGUAGUAAGUUAUCAAUUACUGAUUACACUACUGCAAUAAUGUGGCUGUCACAGUUUCUGAUAAUGCUUCAAUGCAACCAAGAAAAUGCCCGAAAUAAAUUAGCAUAAAACUGUAGUAUGUUUGAAAAACGAUCUUCUCCCGCUCGCUAGUUUCAGCUUUUUGCUAAUUUGUUCAAGAUCCACCUAUUAUAUGUGUAAAUUGUAUUAUCAUCAUCAACAUAAUCAUGGGUCUAUUGCACUAGUUGGACUUUCUUUAUUCCAUCAGCUAUUUAUAUGCACUGCCAGUCUAGCUUCUUCCAGCACCUCCAUUAAUGCCAUCUUUCCAUAUUUUUUCUGGAUAGAUAGUUUUCAUUUGAAUCUGGGAUUACAGAUUGCAUUACCUGACAGUUAAUCAGAAGGUGAAUAAACUGGGCCCAAAUAACCCCCCUUUUGGUGCAAGAGGCAUAAGAUUCCUGUGCACCAAUUGACUGGUAAGUAUCUGAUAUUCAUUUCGUGUUACAUGUAUCAUUUUGUGUAUUGGCUCCACAAGUGUCAAUUCCAUAUUGUGCAGAAAUAAUGUCAAUUUAUGUUAACUUGUUGAUCCUGAAGAUAUUUUAAAUGGUUGGUGGCUCUAUGGGUAUUUCCGAGGUAGUAUAACUGAGUACAGCAUCUUAUCAUUUCCACUAAUUAUCGGCCUCUAGUGUAACUUGUUGAUCCUGAAGAUAUUUUGAAUGGUUGUUGGUUCUAUGGGUAUUUCUGAGGUGGUAUAACUGAGUACAGCAUCUUAUCAUUUUCAUUAAUUAUUGGCCUUUAGUGUUAGUUUGAACUCCUCUCUUACUGCUAUUUAGGAUUCUGUAAAAAGCUCUGGUCUGAUCCAAUUAAUGUACCAUCUUUUGCUGUAUAUUUAGCUAUAUUUGUUCUUUCUGGACUCCGAACAUUUUCAAUAGCGCCAAAGUAGUACCUACCUACGUUUGCACGCCUUACAAUUUCGAUGCAAUUCAGCAACUCUCAUGUUUUAGCCGAAAUGGUAAACUGAAGUAGGUAACCACUAGACAGAAAUAGUGAAGAGAGUAUCUGCAAAUUUAAGGCAUAAUGUUUCUUCAUAGACUGGCCCAGUGUAGUUAAUUCUUAGAUGUAGUACUACAAGAGUGUUCUCAAAACUUGCUUAACACAAGUUCAAGUAUGUUUUCCAAUUUGGUAAUUAAAUGUAGAUUGUUAUGAAGUUUGACCCUAAAUUUCUGUGUCUUUUAAUUGACGUUUCUGAUAGUUCUACUGAAUUUUGUAAAAAUAUCACCAUAAAAUGCGCCAAAAAUUUUAUAGCACAAUACAUUUUCUGAUUUUAAUGUAAUUAUAGUAUUUGGUUUUGGUAUGUAAUAUUUAAUGGGGCUUGUAGAGUAUGAUUAGUUUCCUGUUUCCUUUUGGCUGCACAAUUUUUUUUUUAUUUUUUUUUGUAGAGAUCUUGGAGAUUUGUUUUAAGUUUUUAACAUAAAUAAUCUAAUUGGUUUACUCCAUUCCUUCGCAGAGGCGUUCAAUCGGCAAAAAACACGUUGGCAAACUGGGGAUUUCAUGUAUUAUGUAUAGAUAUGUGUGCGCAUGAUACCAACCGGAGCUAUACAAAAACGCAAGGACAUUUAAAAUUUAAAAAACCAUACCCUAGUUGAACAGAGAAUGAACAACAACGAGCUUUUUUUUACAAGAAGAACAAAACUCCUAAACCUGCAGAUGAUAACCGAGCCAAACAUAUCUUGGAGUUUACCUAAUCAAGGUUGCUGCUCAACAAUCCUAUAGUCAUCAUGGAUAAUCAUGUCUUCAUAAUUACCCUCAAACAUUGAUGCUGGACUCUUUCCAAUGAAGUUGAUAAAAUAGCGACGAUACAACUGAACUGUAAUGAACAAAAGGACAAUGUAUUGCUCGGAGAGAUUCGAUUCAGAAAUAAUUGCAAUUCCCUAUAUUAUAAUUUAACAUUUUUAAACUCUAUAGCAAUGGUAUUGAUAUACUCGAAACAACACUUAAGAUCCCUCACUGAAGACACAUAUUUGAGUUGCUGAUCAUUUAGCAUAUAGCUGGUUAUUGUCCGUCGAUUUUAAUCUGAUACUCAGACGGAAUGUGAGCUGGUGGCUCCUUACAUUAGAACGCCAAUGGUUACCUGACGUCACACCUGUUUAUGCCAUAUGAAACACCCCCUCGCUCCUCAUACGGAAAGUGUCGGUUAAAAAUCGACGAACAAUAAAAUUUUAUUUACUUUCCUUGUGAAGCUUAUAAAACAGCAUAAAUUGAUUUAAGUUUCCUAGUUUUAAAUCCUCUUCCUAAGCCAUCUAAAUCUUCUUGCAAUAGAGGUAAUUAUUGAAACAAACAUCAAAGAGUCUCUUAAACAUUGAGGGAAGCUGAGAUAAUCUCAUAUAGUUUAAAUUAGACUGCCAGGAUUUCUCUCGGAAUAAUGCAGACUUAAGAAACACCUACGAAAGAUGGAGAGGGGCACAUGACCACCUUCUACUAAACUGCAAUGCCGUUUAAGGAUGAAGAAUCUGGAAAGCUGCCUGAUACAGUUAGAAUCUCUACAAAGUACAAUGCACUGAGACCUUCAACACAUACAUUACAUCGUAUUUCUAAAAUUUGAAAAAGUAGGUGUCUAAUCUACCUUGUCAGGAUUCUGUAACCCUUAGCGAAAGAAGCGCUAUCCUACAUGAGGACCUCGUCAAUAUCAUUUUAUUUUAAAUCCCAGAUUUUUUUGUUUUAGAUACGCAAUUCUGAGCUACUAAGCUUCAAAUCUGCAUAUAUUGUUACAGCUCAAAGCUAUCUAAACUCAAUCAUAUUGAUUAUAAACUUCCUAAUUUUAUAUCGCUGAGCCAACUGCCCUUAACAUUUUAUCUAGGUACAAAACCUAAAAAUUUAAAAUCUUUUGGAUCCAAAAAAAACAGCUAAUAUCAUAGCUUAGCAGUAGCGAAACGCCCUUCUACAUUCACUAACCCUUAUUAUAAUUUUAAAUUGCCUAAAACACCUUCUUCAAAUUCGCCAUCGGCCCUUUUAGGAUAUUGGUUUAAAUAGAUAGUAUUUUCUUAUUCUAGAGUAUCUAUCUUUGUCCAUGUGGCAAAACUUUUGUUCUCAUACAAAACGUCUCACCUAUUUCAUUUAUCACGCCUGGUGGGUCUGGUUUUGAGAGAUCUCCCUUAUUUUUUUUCUUUAAUAUUUGGUAAAUGUGUUUAGUUUUGUAUUAUUUUGUUGGGUAUUUUGAUUCAAAAUAGUGAAAUCAAAGGAGAUUCUCGAAUAAGCAGUCGGCCAGACCAGGUUAGUCUUAA